GUGCCUUCCAUGACUUUUGGCUGCCCCUCGUGACUUGCCUGACUCGACCGACCGCCCCGACCGACGAUGCCGCUGUCUGGCUCUGGCUCUGGAUCUGGUUCUGGCUCUGGUUCUGGUGUUGCUGCUGCUGCCGGUAAUCAUAAUAUCAAGAAGAGGCCACUCACCCCGGACGACGCUGUCUCCACCACCUCCUCCUCCGCCGCUGCCAAUACCACCGCUGCCACCUCCACCUCCACCUCCUCCACCAACACCAAUACCACCACCGCCACCGCCACCGGCGCGUCGACGACUAAUUUUCGAAAUGUCUCGGCGUGCAAUCGGUGUCGGAAUCGCAAGAAUCGAUGCGAUCAAAAACUGCCCAAGUGCACCAACUGCGAAAAAGUCAACGUGAGAUGCGUCGGCUUCGAUCCCGUCAGCAAGCGUGAGAUUCCUCGAAGCUAUGUCUAUUAUCUCGAAACCAGAGUCCACAAUCUCGAGGCUCUCCUCAAUACCCAUGCCAUUCCCUACCCGCCCCCAAGCCAGGACUUCGCCAUUAGCGAUACCAUCAAACCGGGCAUCAAUGUUCCCUUUCCCGUGCAAGAAGACGCCACUCCACACGUGUCUUCUGAGCCCGCCCAAGUCCAGCCCGCCCAGUCGACUCUCGAUCCCGCGCUGAGGGAUCAGGAAGAGGGCGAACGGCUGGAGAAGCUGGUCAACGAUGUCGGCAUGGUCUCCGUGCAGGGCGCGGGUGAUGCACGCCUGCUGGGCUCUGCCACCUCGGGCAUCUCUUUUGCCCGUGUGGUCUUCGCUGCUGUGAAGAGGUCGGUGAACCAAACGCCCACGCCUGCCGAGCACGCAGGCGCGAAACCGGCCACUAAGCUGUCUGCUUCCGAGACUGCGGGCGGCGCGACCACGAUGCGAGAUUCAUUCUUUGGCCUCCAUACUAAGCCAACCAUCAAGCCAGCUCCCUUUCCAGACAGGGAACUGGGUCUCCGCCUGACUGAACUCUACUUUGAGCACGCGAACCCACAGAUACCCGUGCUCCAUCGAGGAGAGUUCAUGAUUCUCUUCGAUCGCGUCUAUGCCGCAGAUGCGAAGAAGAGAACUCCUCGAGAGCUGUACAUAUUGAACAUCGUCUUUGCCAUUGGAUCCGGUAUCAUCGUGGACACAUCGAUCCAUGAACCGCCCGUGGCCGCCACCGACUCGACCACGGACUCCGGACCACCGAAUAAGAAGAGACAGAGGGUCGCAAAUCACCAACACCAGCCCGAGGAAUAUCACAGCUCUGCCAUUAUCCAUCUCGAAAGUUUCCUGGGCUCUGCCUCUGCGGGUGAGGGAGUGGGCGGUGGUCUCGAGGAGCUACAGGCCGUCUUACUGCUGGCAGGGCUGGCUCUGCUGCGGCCUGUGGCACCAGGACUGUGGUACAUCAUCGGCGUGGCGGUACGUCUGAGUAUUGAUUUGGGCCUGCACAUCGAAGACAUUGAUCAUGAUCUCGACAACAGAGCGACGCAUCCGGAUGUCGAUCUUUCCAACGAUGGCUUAGGUCGCAAGCAGUGGACUCGAGACCUGCGUCGGAGACUCUGGUGGUGCGUCUUCAACCUCGACAGGCUGGUGUCGUCAUGUGUGGGACGACCAGUGUCUGUCAGUGAGGCAGUCGUCACGACGGAAUUCCCAAGUAUGCUGGACGACAAAUACAUCACACCGGCGGGCUUUUUCAAGCCCCCCAACUAUGUGGAGCGCCCGAGCUACAAACUCGUCACGCGCCAUUAUAUUCGGCUGAGACUGCUGCAAUCCGAGAUCCUCCAAGUGUUGCAGCAGCGCCAAGCAGACCAAGCGCGCAGACUGGGUGCGAACAGUGGCAACGAUUUUAUCUUGACGGGACUCGAGUCGCCCUUCCUCCGGCCUUUCCACUCCUUCCGAGAUUGGCGUGCCAAUGUCGACCGGAGACUGCUCGACUGGAAAGAGACAUCACCCCCGCAGUACGACACUGGCGUCGGCUUCAAUCCGUUGUUUCUGGACUUGAAUUAUUGGCAAACGGUCAUCAUGCUGUACAGACAGUCUUUGUCGGUGCCCGAGCAGCUUGCAAACGAGCUGAGUCCUGCGACGGGAGACGAUGUACAGAGCCCCGGCAACGUGAACUUCGAGCACGAAGAAGACAAGCAGAUGGUCUUUCUCAAGGUUGCGGAGGCAGGACAGAUGGUAUUGCGGAUAUACCGACAACUUCACCGGCUGAAGCUGGUCAACUAUACCUUCUUGGCAACCCAUCAUUUGUUCAUCAGUGGGAUAUCAUUCCUCUACGCCAUUUGGCACUCCACACUAGUGCGAUCACAAAUGACGAUCGACGACGUGGAUUUUACCGUCUUGGCCGCCACUUCUGUCCUAGGCGACCUCAUACCCAUGUGCCCUCCGGCAGAGGCAUGUCGAGAUUCAUUUGUGCGCAUGAGCAAGGCCACGAUAUCCAUGGUGAUGAGCACCACAGGAUUUGGAAAUCGCUCCACUCUGGGCACACAGGGGCUCAACAGUUCGGAAGGAUACUUGGGAGGAGGGUUCCUCGAAGCGAACCGAGUCAAGCAGGAAGCACAACAGACCUUGUCCAAUCCCACCAGUCGGCGGCAACUGCCCAAAUUCGACAUGAAUCUCAGAGAGCUGUUCUCUGAAGAAGAAAUCGCGAGCCGCCCACUCCAUCACCAGGCUAAACUACAGGGAUUCUUACGACACAUCCCCCCGCAGCAGCCUGCGAUUUCUCCACAGCCCCCCACCACUACCAGUCCACGAAACAGUGAUACUGCAUCGCAAUCUUCACAGAUGCAGGCGCGCCCACCAGGGGGUUCACCUGGCGGUGGCGGCGCACCAUUCCCACAACCGCCUCCUGGCCCACCCACUACUGCCUAUCGACCCUUUACCGCGGACACGCUCUCGGGUGCCAGCUCGACGGAACAGGACUACUCGCUUGACCAUCUGGAUUUCCUCGGCGACUUCCCCAGCACAGAUGCCAGCAGUUCCCACAAUCAUUUCUGGGGUCAUGCAAGCGAUGGCGCCGAUCUCGGAUUUGGGAACGGUGGUGGAUUUGACGCCAGUGGAGCAUGGGAGGCAUCGGGAGAAGUGUUUGAUACCUUUUUCUUUGGAAAUGUAUGAUUCAUCCAAGGCUAUUUUAUUCUUACCCAAGCCUCUCUCUCUCUCUCUGUGUGUGUGACGACCGAGUUCUGUCUGCUUGAUCUCUCUGUUAUAUAUAUAUAGCUAAGGGUAGGGUGAGGCGGGAUAGCAUAUACAUUAGGUACUUACCUACAUAGGUAUCCGCCUACCAGACCCAGGUUCAGGUUCAGGUUCAGGUUCAGUACUGUAGUAGUAC